GCAAUGUCAAGUUUGUAUAAAACACUGUAGCUGACCCGAUUUCAUUCAUUAUCCGUGAACCUUUUUAGCAUUCCAAUAAAAGCGAUAAAAGUGCCACGAUAAGCAUGAGAUAAGUCGUUUGUUGUUAAAAGAUGUGUCUUGUGCUGUUAUUCAUUUUGGUCGCACUUUGCACUAACAUAAAUGGCGAAGGGAUACCCAGUUACAAAAUUGGACCACACCACCGUUACCGGAGAACAACAAAUGCCAGAGGCGAUGCUCCACUUCACAUAUCAGCAAAUCAAGCUCAGGGUGCUAAGGUGGCGUCUCUACUACAACGUGGUGCUGAUGUCAACGUCGUAAAUAAACUUUUAAAUGCUCCGUUGCAUUUAGCAGCGUGGAAUGGUGAUCUAAACAUUAUAAAUAUUCUAAUAAGACACGGAGCCAACGUUAACGUUCAAAAUGUCAACAAGGACACUCCACUUUAUUUUGCAGCGUCAAGAGGUCACGAUUCUGUGGUGAAUGCCCUUUUGGCUGCUGGAGCGAAUGCGGAAAUUGAGAACAAAGACAAAAAUACAGCGAUAAUUGGUGCCACUUGGCACGGCCACUACGGUGCAGUCUCCUCACUACUCAAUCGUGGAGCAAAUGUUAACGCUAAAAACAAAAACGGAGACAGUGCAUUACACGUUGCAGCAUCAAGAGGGUAUGUGGACAUUCUGCGACUGGUAAUAUCUAAAGGGGCCCAGCUUGAAUCCAGAACUAAUGUUGGCAACACAGCUCUGCAUACAGCUACAUGGCACGGGAUCAGAGCGACAGUGGCGGUACUCCUAGAUGCGAACGUAGACAAGUGUGCCAAAAACAACCAAGAGGAUACGGCUCUACACAUCGCGGUUGCUCGCGAAUUUAUCGAGAUUAUUAACCUGCUACUAUCCAAAGGGACCAAUCCGAACUGCCCAGGAAAAGAUGGCAACACGCCUUUGCACUUGGCGAUCACGCAGAACAGGCCAAAUGUGAUUUCCGCUCUCAUUAACGGAGGUGCCAGUGUCGAUGCUCAAAACCGCAACGCGGAAACACCAUUACACGUGGCCGUUUUGAGGAAUCUCCCAGACGUCAUUCGACUAUUUCGUUCAAUUGGUGCCAAUAUUAACUCGUUAAACAAACGAAAGGAGACACCUCUCCACCUUGCUAUUAAAGAAAACGCCCGAGACGUCGUGUCCGCAUUGCUUGAGGCGGGGGCCAGUACCGAAACUAAGGAUGUUGAGGGUAACACUCCAUUGUAUUCUGCGGCGUCGCGUGGUUUCGUCCACUUCAUUAAAUUGCUACACAAAUACAAAACUAACAUGGAUACGGUAAAUCGAAACCACGAAACCGCACUUCAUCUCGCGACAAUCAAUGAUCGAUCGGAUGUUGUGAGUGCGCUUCUCGAAGCCGGUGCGAGCGCUACCGCGAAAACUAAGACUGGCGACACACCCGUGCACUAUGCGGCGUCAAGGGGAAGGUCGAACCUAAUCAAGGUGUACUGCACCAAUAAGGUCGAUGUGAACAUCGCGAAUAAAGAAAAAAAUACCCCUCUACAUCUUGCCGUUGGAAAUGACGACGUGGACGCCGUCAAAGUGUUGCUGAAUUGUCGCGCUAGCAAAAACGCGAAAAACAGCAAAUCGCAGACCCCACUCCAUCUUGCCGCGGCUGAAGGUUUAGCUGGAGUUGUUACGGUUCUGUGUGAAGACAACCUGAGUGUUGAUGAGGUGGAUAGAGAGCGCAAUACGCCUUUACACAUCGCGGUGAAAAACGGAGAGGCGAGCGUAAUAAAAGCGUUCAGCAAAUGCAAGGUGAAUAGAGACGCGAAAAACGGAAACGGAGAGACCGCGAUGCACAUUGCUGCCUCGCUGGGAAUGCACGACGCGGUUGCGCUUCUGUGCGCUCAACGUGCGGACGUGAACGCGUACGAUAAAAACAAGAACACCCCGUUGCACUUGGCAGCGCAAAACGGCGAUUUUAAUACCGCGCAAGCAAUCGUAAAAUGCGGCGGUCUUCUGGAUGUCCGAAAUAACGUCAAGGACACGCCGCUUCAUCGUGCUGCAUUGAACGGAUUUGCAAAUGUUAUUAAGCUGUUGUGCGGAAAAGCUGAUAUUAACGCGCAGAACAACGUUAAAGAAACCCCUCUUCUUGUGGCCGUUAAUUCGGGCAGCGAAGAAGCUAUCAACGCCCUACUUGAUUGUGGCGCAAAUACGGGCGCAAAGAAUGCCAACGGGGAGACAGCACUGCAGUUGGCGACAUCCGCGGGGAUGGUUGACGUAAUAAAGACGCUGUGUGCCCGAAAAGUUGACAGAAACGCGUUGGACACUGCCGUUUCCAUCGCAGCAGAUAAUGGGGAUGAUAAAACGAUGAAAGUGCUGCUUGAGUGUGGCGCAAGGAAAGAUGCAAGCAACGGGGAUGGCGAUACGCCAUUGCACGUCGCCGCGGCGAAUGGGUUCCCAAAACUUGUGAAAGUUCUAUGCACUUUCCAGUUUAAUGUUAACGCAGUAAACAAGGAUGGUAAUACGCCGCUUCACGUCGCAACUUUAUUUGAUAAACCCGAAGCUUUGGGCGCACUACUCGAAUGCGGCGCUGCCAAGGAAGUGAGGAACGGUAAUGGUGACACAGCGUUACACCUCGCCGCAGCACAUGGUUUUCCCAAGGUUGUUAGAUAUUUAUGCAAUGGCAAGGCGGAUGUAAAUGCACUGAAUAAGGAUAAAAACACACCUCUUCAUGUCGCAUCGUUGUACGAUAAACCAGAAGCCUUAACCGCACUGCUUGAGUGCGGUGCAGAGACAACUGGACUAAACGUUAACGGUGACACUGCUCUACACCUCGCCGCGGCUGAAGGAUUUCCAAGAGUUGUAAAAUCCUUAUGCGAUUACAAAGCGAAUGUAAAUGCCACGAACAAGGAUAAAAACACACCUCUUCACGUCGCAGCCUUGUUUGAUAAACCAGAAGUCCUAAAAUCACUUUUGGAAUGCAAUGCGGCAAAGAAUGCAAAAAACGUCAACGGUGACACAGCUCUACACCUCGCCGCCGCUGAAGGAUUUCCGAAAGUGGUCAAAGGUUUGUGCGACUUCAAGGCAGAGUUGAAUGCUGCGAACAAAGAGAAAAACACACCUCUUCACGUAGCAGCUUUAUUCGAUAAAGUGGACGCGUUAAACUCAUUACUCGAGUGCGGGGCAAACAAAAACGCAAGAAACGUUAACGGUGACACACCGCUGCACCUCGCCGCCGCACAAGGUUUUCCGAAGGUUAUACAGACCCUGUGUCAUUAUAAGGCAGAUAUGAAUCCCGUAAACAAAGAUCAAAACACUCCCCUCCAUCUGGCAGCGUUGUUCGGUAAAGCAGGCGCACUAUCCGUACUGCUCGAAUGCGGUGCAGACCAAGACGCGAAAAACGUCAACUUAGACGCUGCUCUCCAUCUGGCCGCCGGGGAAGGAUUUACGAAAGUUAUCAAAUCGUUAAGCGAGCAUAAAGCAGAUCUGAAUGCUAUAAACAAAGACAGAAACACGCCUCUUCACGUUGCAACUCUGUUCGGCAGAGUUGAAGCCGUAACAGCGUUACUAGAAGGCGGCGCAGACACUGAAGCGAGAAACAUUAACGGCGAAUCAGCGCUACACCACGCCGCUGCAAAUGGAUUUCCGAAUAUUGUCAAAGUCUUGAGCAAGUACCGCGCAAAUGUCAACGCCGCAAAUAAAAAUCAUAGUACUCCCCUUCACUAUGCCAUCAGAAAUGGGGAGGAGAAGGCUGUGAUCGCAUUACUGGAACAAGGAGCUGAUCAAAAUGUGAGAGAUUCUGAAAAUAAAACACUGCUUGAGAUAGCUAGUGAAAGUGGCAACGUUGAAAUCUUAAGGACAUUGUUACAAAAUGGUGUAGGUGCUAACCAGGAAAGUAUAGAUGGGCGAGGAAAUACCGCAUUACACCAAGCAGCGGAGCGUGGGGCAACUGCAAUGGUCAACGUUUUGCUUGAUAACGGUGCCAACGCCGGUCUUCGAAACAAAGCAGGACGUACUGCUCUGGACAUAGCCGUCACAAAGGGCAACGUGGACGUUGCCAAUGCGCUUUUGUCGCGUCGAUCUUCGAUUGACAGUACGGAUAAGGACAACAAUACACCGUUGCACACCGCGUCAUGGCACGGAGCAACUGAAAUAGUUGAAGCUUUACUCGAUAAGGGCGCGAAUGCAAACUGCUGAG